AUGCCGCGAAUUGGACACAAAAAGUCCCGUAACGGUUGUUCCAACUGUAAACAGAGAAAGGUCAAGUGCGAUGAGAAUCGACCUUGUGGCGCAUGCGUCAGACUACAGAUCGAGUGUAGCCUGGCGCCAUCUUCAAUUCAAGAUGGCUCGCAAAUCCGCGCCUCUGCUCUAGAUGGCCACGGAGACGACUCGUCGACCAUCUCAUCCAAGAGCACCCCACCAGGAGGAGCCUCAUCGAAAACACCCCCGCCCUCUUUAGGGGCAGACUUCCCCGUCGGACCCGUGACCGAAAACGCCUACCCCUGGAUGAUGGAUCUCGGCUUGAUGAACCACUUCACCUCAGUAACCUCCGCAACCUUACCCGGUGCCAACCUUCACACCUGGCGCGAUAAGGUUCCGGCAGUGGCAGCGGACUCGCCCUACCUCAUGCAUCAGAUCCUCGCAGUCUCCGCCUUUCACCUCGCAACCAUGGAACCACUUGGAUCUUUCUUCACGCGAGCUCAUAUGCAGCAACAACAACAGCGUCAGGAGAAACUAUCUUUGGCGUUACAGCACCAACACCAUGCAAUUCGUGGAGUUCAGGCUGAGAUUUCGCACGUCACGCCUGCGAACUGCGACGCUCUCUUCGCUGCUUCGUCAUUACUCUUUAUUGGCGCCUUCGCUGCCUCUGGUCCAACGCUUCAUAGUCCCUUCCGGCAACUAGAAGUUGAUGACAUCUUGGAGGUCUUUACCCUCAUCCGCGGUGUCAGCAGUGUCAUGGCCUCGGCUAGGGAGAAUGUGCGACAUGGCAUAUUGAAGGACUUCAUGCAAUGCAAUCCGUAUCUAGGCGGCAACGAGUUACUAACAUUGCUGCAAGAGAACAUCUCGCGAAUCGAGUGUGGAUUGGAUCAGCAAAACGUUAGUCCGGAGAUUAAGAAUGUCAUCAGCGAGACAAUCUCGGGCUUCCGGGAUAGCAUUGAACGGGCAUCUUCUAUCACUCCCGAGUUGAACGUUGCCGUGUCUUGGCCCAUGGUUUUGCGUGAAAACUUCAUGGCCUUACUUGUUGUCAGAGACCCUGCGUCUUUAGUCAUUCUUGCGCAUUAUUGUACCGUCCUUCAUGCAGCGGGAUCUCAAUUUUGGUUCAUGAAAGCGUGGGGACGUCACCUGCUUGCCGCAAUAACUAGAUCUCUUCCGCCAAGUUGGCGCAAUGAGAUAAAGUGGCCAGAAGACUAUGUUAACCCAAGGCUAGCUAGUCAAAACGGAGAUAUCCCUCUGACGAGUGUUAAAUGA